AUGGUCCGCACAUCUCGGGCACAAGCUGCAAGAGCAGCGAAAAGAAUAACAACACCCCAAGCGCCUGAUAUCUCUGACGAAGAAAUGGUAGAUGGACCAGUUUCAGCCGCAGCAAGUGUUCAGGAAAAUGGAAGUGAGAAUGAAGAGGAGAAUGAAAUAGAAGUGGAGGAAGAAGACGGCCAAGCUACACCAGCCGCCGAAUCAGAUGCGGGCUCUCGCCUCUCCACGCCCAAUCCUGGACGAAUACUCAAACCUCGAAAGCGCGGAAGACCUGCCAGACGAGGAUCUAGUCGUCGAGGUGCAGCGGAUGAGUUGGAGUCACGAGAUACCGGAUCGGAAGCAGGAACGCCGAGGAAGAGAGGAGGUUGGCGUGGACGUGGCUUUGGAGGCGGUAGAUGGGGUAAGCCAAGAGGAGGCCCGUCACAUGUCACGCAAGUACCUUUGGACAAGGAAGGCAAUAUGGCCCCAGUCAAGGACGAUGAAGUACAGCUGCCCCCGGACUCUGAGGGCGAGGAGAAGGUCGAUGUGAACGGACACCUCAAGGGGGGCAGAGAAUAUCGCGUCAGAACAUUUUCAAUCGAAGGAAAGGGCGACCGGCUUUACAUGCUAUCUACUGAGCCCGCAAGAUGCAUCGGAUUUCGAGACAGCUACCUGUUUUUUCAAAAACACAAACAGCUGUACAAGAUCAUCCUUGCAGAAGAGGCCAAGAAAGAUUUGAUCGAGCGAGGCCUUAUUCCUCACUCAUACAAGGGAAGGGCGAUUGGCGUUGUCACUGCCCGCUCUGUCUUUCGAGAAUUUGGGGCAAGAAUUAUAAUUGGUGGCAAGAAAAUCACAGAUGAUUAUCAGGCGGCUACAGCACGUGCCAACGGGGAUGUCGAGGGUGAACUAGCCAAUCCCGACGACGAUCUACCGGGUGGUGGCGAGGAGUAUGACAAGAACAAGUUUGUUGCGUGGCAUGGGGCAAGCGCCGUUUACCACACAGGAGCACCAAGCGUGCCCAUAGUCAAUGGCAAAGCCGUUGAAGGCAAAAAGCGCAAGAUCAUUGUCACUGGAGCAAAUUGGAUGUUCGAGCAUGCCCGAGAAGCUAGCCGCUUCAAUUCUUCUCUCGCGGCCCAGCGUCGUCGUAAUUUGAACGGCGUAUACGACGUCCACACCAAUGUCAUGCAAUAUCCCAAGAUCAUGCAGCCGACACACGCUCGGUGGGAGCAGGUUUUACCUACAUCGCCAACGCCAAGAACUUCGCCAACUGCAGCUGAUCAGAUCAACGGGCACUUAUCCGAUGGCCGCGAACCAGCGGCCAAUACAAUUUUUCCAGAUAUCGCACCAGUGUUCACACGGAACUUCAUGAUCUCGGACACGUACUUCGAAACUCCCCCUGCAUCAGUAUUGGGAUAUCCAGGACCUGACGAAGAAACGGAGCUGACUCGUCUGCCGGAGCAUUUGCUUGCCGAGUUACCGGAAGGUUGCCGUCAAGCGUUCGUUGAGGCGAGGGCAGUGGAGAAAGCAUGGAAAGAACGCUGGGGCACGGACAAGGACGAUGGAGCUCGAGCGCAACUACGAAUCACUUACAACACUUGA